CUUUUUUUUUUUUUGUUGGAUUUUUCAAUUUAACUGUGUCCUUUUUUUUCCCCUUUUACUACUACUCUAAUCUCUCUCUCACCCUCUCAGUCUCUCUUAAAACCCAAAAUCCGUUGCCUGGCUCACACAUGAAGAAAAUGGUGACACAUGAUCUUUCCUCAAUCUCGCCUCUAGUUUACCAAAGAACUUAUCACCUCCUCCUCUACCUUCAAACACUUCAAAUUCCUUGAUAUCAUAGGACAUAUCUCGUUGUUUCUUUUUCUUGAAUCCUUUGUUUAUCUUUAUGGGGGCUGGCUCGUCUAGUUUCUUGGAAAGCGAGGGAGGUUCGGGUUCUUCUCCAUCAAGACCUAGUCUUGAUGAUGUCCCAGAAAGUUGUGUUUCUUCCAUUUUUAUGUACCUGGAUCCUCCUGAGAUAUGCAGACUAGCCAAGUUGAACAAGACUUUUCAUGGUGCUUCUUUGGCUGAUUUUGUGUGGGAAACUAAGCUUCCAUCAAACUAUAAGUUUCUUGUCGAGAAAGUUUUAGGCCAAAGUCCAGAGAGUUUGAGCAAGAAAGAGAUCUAUGCAAGAUUGUGUCGACCUAAUUGCUUUGAUAAUGGCAACAAGCAAGUGUGGUUGGAUAAAAGUAGUGGCAAGAUUUGUGUUGCUGUUUCUUACAAGGCAUUAAGGAUAACUGGGAUAGAUGAUCGAAGAUAUUGGAAUCAUAUUUCAUCUGAAGAAUCCAGAUUCAACACAAUUGCAUAUCUUCAACAAAUAUGGUGGUUCGAAGUCGGGGGAGAAUUAGAGUUCGAGUUUCCAGCAGGAACAUAUAGCCUACUAUUCAGGCUUCAACUAGGCAAGACCUCGAAAAAACUCGGCCGACGAACCUGCAACGUCGAUCGAGUUCAUGGUUGGGACAUUAAGCCGGUCCGCUUCCAGCUUUCGACAUCGAAUGGCCAGCAAGCGUCAUCGGAAUGCUACUUGCAUCAACAAGGAAAUUGGGGGCAUUACCAUGCUGGUGACUUUGUUGUUGACAGCACAAAUACUGCACCAUUGAAGCUCAGAUUCUCCAUGAUGCAGAUUGAUUGUACACAUACGAAAGGUGGCGUGUGCUUAGACUCUGUGUUAAUAUGCCCUAGUGAGUUCAGAGAAAGUUGAAGCAGUUUUAGGCAAACUGUACCCUUGUAGGUAGAAAUGGUGAGAUUUACAUACAAGAUAUAUAUUAGGGGACUGCUCUAGCUAACAAAAGAAGAUGGUGGGUUGUUGUUUUUUUUGUAGUCCACAAGUAUUGUAUUCUAGCAAGGCAAUGUAAAUUGGAUUGAUCGUCAUUUGUUAAUUUGUGAGAAAAUCAUGAAGGAUGGUUGUAUUGCAGAACA